UCAGACCCUGCAGCUCCUGUUUGUUCUCUGUGUUGAUGGGAGUUUCUGCAGGAGGCUCUGAACUAUUGAGCGGAGCAGCAGUGACUGGAGUAAUCGGAGCUGAGUCUUUCUCGGUGUCGUUGCGCAGGAAGCUGCGGAGUCCCUGCAGGGUGGACACGGACGCCUUGGUGCCCCUUCCCCCGGCUCCUCCAAACACACUGGCGCUGCUGUUACGAGACAUGCUUUCUGCUGGAUGACAGUGAACUGAGAGACUCAGAGGCUGGAUGGAAAUGAUGGAGGCUCCAGCAACCAUGUCUAGAAACUACAGCAGCCAGUCCUACAGCCCCAACAGCGGGGGGCCCAUUAAGAGCAAACCCGAUGAUACAAAGAAGAAGAACAUGGAUAGCCUUAUUAAGGUCAAUGACAAGUUCGUCGAGUUGAUUGAUAAGGUGAAGAACCUAGAAGAUCAAAAUAAAGCACUGAAGGAAAAGCUGAAGAUCCUGAAAAAGAAGGAGGACUAUGCCGGGGGCGUGGACGCCUUGGUGAAGGAGAAAGAUGACCAGCUGCGGAAGCAGCUUGAAAAAUUGAAAGAGGAUGAGGAACAACUGAAGCUUGAGUAUAAGGACCUCAGUAAUAUAGUGGACAAAGCCAAAAACAGUUUUGAAGAGGAACUUGAUAAGGGUGAAGAAUUAAAGAAAGAAAUUGCUGAGAUUAAAAUGGAGGUAGAUGAAAGCACACUGAAACUGGUAGAACAUGUUCUGGAGCUGGAGGACCUGACAAGAAAGCUGCAGUUCCUCACGGCUGGAUUUGAUGAGGAGAUCAAGCAGCUGAAGUCGAUGGUCAGGAAUGAGACGGUGAUCCUUAGCGGAUCCGACAUACCGCCCCUGAAGAUGGACAAUGACAUCAAGGGAAUUGAAGCCCAGUAUACCAAUUUGGCCAAAUAUGCUAAGGAAGAAGUGGAGAAAUGGGACCCCAAAAAAAUGGAUGACUUGGCACAAAGGGCAGGAGAGAAGGAGCAGGAAGUGCGUGACAUAAAGAGAGAGAUCGCUGACAUCUUACGUAAAAUCCAGAGGGCUAAGGCCGACUUGGAAGCUUUGAAAAGAAAGGAAGAGUCAGUGAGAAAGGAAAUGAUGGAUGUUUUAAAAGAGGGUGAUGACAACAUAGACGAAGCCCAAAAAACCAUCAAGCAGCAAGAAGAAGCCUUGAGGGAACAUAAACAGCAGCUGGCUAAGCUGAUCUGCCAAUACCAGGAGCUGCUGAACCUCAAACUGGCCCUCGACAUCGAAAUCGCCGCCUAUGGCAAUUUGCUGAACGGCGAAGAAGAGAGAAUGCAAAAACUUUCAGAUUAAAGAUCAAACAACCAAUCCAAGUCCUUGCUUGCACGCAGACGUUCAAAAGCCAGAGAGGAAACACCUCCAGAAGAAGCCAAACCUUCAAGAAAAGACCCCAGGUGGGGAAUCCACCUUUGCUCCAAUGCCCGACAGAAUAUUUGUCCCCAUAGGCACGUGGGAAGCCCCCGCAUCAUACCCACCAGCCGCUCAAUCCAAGAAGCGCUUGCUGAUCCGGCUGGAGGUGGAAUCUGGAAAGGUUGUCUCCGAAACCACCCAGUACACCGAUUGAUUGUUUGUCAACUCCUCCAGCAUUACAACACAUCUGCAAAAUGUGAAUUAUUUUUUUUUAUUAUGAUUAAUUUGAUUACUUUAUCCUCAACCUGAUAAAAUUAAGAAGUAAUUAUCUCUGUUGUGUGCUUCCUGGUAGAGUGAACGUCUUGGUGCAGCUUGAUGGCAGGUUGCAUGUUCUCCCUGAAUCUGUUUUCCAAUUGUUUUAUAUCAAGUUGUGUUUUUUGGAAAAGUUUUCUCAACUUUACUGGGAUGUGUAAUGCCUUUGGUGUGGCGGCGGCGUUUUGUUAAAAUCUUCUAUGUAAUUUCCUGCAGAAACGGAUAGUUUUUGCAAUGCUGCAAGGUUAAAAUCUUCUGUUGGCUCAUUCGCAAGUGUCUGUUUUCAUAUUUUUGUUUGACUUAAAAACUUCUAAAGAUAUCCCAAGUUUUCAGAUUUCUGAGAUUUGUGCUGAUAAAUAAAGCUUCAUU